GUUUGUUCAACUUCGACUUUUCAUUUCAUCUCAACAGUUGGGGUGAUCGAUGAUGGACCCGAAAGUUUUCUGCUCGAAUGGUGGACUGUGUUUUGGGCGAUGUACAGUUCUCUGUUUGGAGGAAACCCUCGGCCUGUCGGAGGAUCCUCUGAUCAGGCAGGCAGAAUGUCAGGGAACGAGCAACAACAAAGUGAUGCUCUGGCAGUGCCAAACCCUGGCACAAAUCAGACGAGGACCGGGCAUCUUCAUGCUGACAGAAUGGCGGCCCAAUGCUCGGCGACGGCUUCAAGAAUGUUAACGGGCGAUUCUAGCAGGCUUCAUCACGGAGGCUUUAACUCUAACCAAAUUCCGCCGCCUGAUGAUAAAGCUACCCUGGCAAUGCUGCCUCCAAGCCAUUCUCAUUCUUUGGGAAUGCAAUUUUCAAGCCAAGCCUCUGCUGUAGGAUUGACAUCUUCAACCGGUGCUCAUACUGGCUCCUCCCAGCAGCAAAUUCCUGAUAAUGCUCCCAGGUGGACUGCAAGAGAUACGCACUGUGGUGUUAGUUUGGGGGAAACUGGCUUUUGGGGUUCAACACUCUAUGGUUCACAAAGCAUGUUUCCGGGAGCAAGACUUAUUGGGGCUGGGACUGGAAACGGGGCCAAUUCAAUGCUUCUGGAAGGAUGGCCCUUGACAGUAUGUGGUGUCCCUGUAUCAGGAGUGUCGCAAAUUCCCCCUUCAGUGAUGUUGCCAGCACUAAAUUCCAUCUUACCAAUGCCAAAUCAGCAGCAACAAGUUCAGACGUCAAUGGCUCAUCACGAGCAAGUGCUUUUAGCUGAAGGGAUGGCAAAAACACUAGGGAACCAAAUUUCUUAUUUUGAGCAAAACACUGAUACAUUUGGUAAUGUGCUGCUUCCUAUGGGUGACUUAAGGAAGACAGAUGCUCAGGACGCCCGGAAUGCAAAGGACAACUCAGAUGACAGCUACUUACAGUAUUUGUCCCUUGACGAAGACAUUGCUAUUGCUAUUGCUAUGAACACUCCUUUCAGCACAUUGCCAGGAAGCUCUACCGCUUGCAACAUGAACGAACAGGAUGGGUUCUCUUUACAAGAGAUUGGUCGUCUCCUGUCAAAAAAAGGUGCCAUUGUUUGUUGUGAUUUUUCAUCUGAUGGAGAGCUCUUAGCAACUGCUGGUCAUGAAGAAAAGGUCUAUAUCUGGAGUGUGGAAGAAUUUGAUUGCAUUAAGCAUGGAGAAGGACAUUUUGGUCUAAUCACUGACAUUCGGUUUAGACCAAGUUCAAGUUUUUUUGCCACAUCUUCUUUCGACAGGACAGUGCAAAUAUGGGACGCAGAUAGACCAAGAAGACCUGUUUUUCCGCUUGUUGGGCAUACUGGAAAAGUGACAUCAAUUGAUUUUCACCCGGUAAAUUCAGAUAUUCUUUGUUCCUGUGACAAUACUGAUCAGAUUCGCAUGUGGCACGUCAACAGUACUUAUUGCGCACAUGUCUUUAAGGGAGGAAGUAGACAAGUUAGAUUCCAGCCUCAAAGUGGAGACCUUUUGUCUGCUGCAUCAGAAAAUGCUAUCAAAUUGUUCGAUGUUCAGACUAACACCCUUCUGUGCUGCUUGGAGGGACAUCUCAACGAAGUUUAUUCAAUUUGCUGGUAUACAAGUGGGAAGUACAUGGCAUCCGUCAGCGAAGACAGUGCACGGAUAUGGUCAGUUGCAUCGUAUGGAAAACCCAUACAUGUAUUGGAUUGUCAGGGAAAUAGGUUUGGAGCAGGCAUAUUUCAUCCUGGUUAUUCUCAGCUCUUGGUUGUUGGGUCUUACCAGGCGCUUCAACUGUGGAAUCCAACUUUGAGCAACCAGACUUUAGCUAUCCCUGCCCAUGAGGAUGUAAUAUCUACACUGGCUGACUGCCCUCUGGCUGGAGUGUUUGCCUCAGCUGGGAAAGAUGAAUUUGUAAGAAUAUGGAGAUGAGUCCAACUGCUAGUUAGAUACCGGAAUUAAGCCAUAGAUGGUGCUUUGAAAUUUGAAGCUUGCAUCUGAAAGUAUCUGCAUAUAAUAUAACCGUAAAAUCAAUUA